AUGUUCACAUGUUCUAAACAUUUAUAUAUUCGUAUCAUUUUAUUCUUUUUAUUAUUACAUAUAUUAUGGUUAUUGAUUACAUAUAAACAAUUUCUAUCUCAAAAAAAUAAUGAUAAAUCAACUUUAAUUAAUGAACCUUAUCAAUUAUUAAUACCACAAACAUGUUAUAAUAUUUGUCAAUUAAUUAUAAAAUUACCUAAAACUAACUUUAUACAUUCAAAAUUCAUUAAAACAUCACAAAGAUUAUGGCCUAAUUUUAAUGCCAAUUUAAUGACAUUAUAUAAUAUAAGUUAUUUACAUUUACCUGGUGGAUCAUGGUUAUAUUAUUCAAAUAAAAAUAAGAAUAUAAAUAAAACAUUUUGUGAAAAUAUUCCAGAAUAUGGUGUAGUUAUAAUUAUACCAAUAAAAGAUCAAUUUAAACAACUUUAUAUUACAUUAUCUACAUUAAUUCCAAUAUUACAAAUACAACAUUUAUGUUAUCGUAUAUUUGUUAUUGAACAAAUGGAUAAUGAAUUAAUGAAUAAAGGUAAAUUAAAAAAUGUUGGAUUUAUUGAAGCUUUAAAAUUAUUUAAAUUUAAUUGUGUUAUAUUUCAUGAUGUUAAUUUAGCACCAAUUAAUUAUUAUAAUUCAUAUCAAUGUGAUCAAUUAACUAAAUAUAUGGCAAUUCAUUUAAGUGUUGGAAUAAAUAUUAAUAAAUUUAAAUUACCUUAUAAAACAUAUAUUGGUGGUGUUUUAAAAAUUUCUACACAUCAUUUUAUUACUGUUAAUGGAUAUUCUAAUGAAUAUUGGGGUUUAGAUAUUGAAAAUGAUGAUGAUUUUGAAAAACGUCUUACAACGACUGGUAUAAAAUAUAUACAUGUAAAUGAUAGAAUUGGACGAUAUCUUUACAUACCAUAUACUUCACAAUAUUCAUCACAAUCGAAUAAUUUAAAGAAAUUAUUGAAUAGGUCAAAUAAAAUAAUGAAUUCUGAUGGAUUAAAUGAUGUAUCAUAUAAAGUUAUUUCAAGAUCAGAUCUACCAUUUUUUACACAUCUUCGAGUUCUAAUAAGGCAAAGUUGAAACUGUUUUUUUUAUAUUUAUAAACAAGUUGAUAUUUUAAAAUAAUCUUUAAAAUGUUAAAUUGUUUUUCUUGAUGAAUAUGAUAUAACCUAUUUUUUUGCUAUUCCUAACUGAAGUGUUAUUUAAAUAGGAAUUUAAAUCAAUAUUCUUAUAGACCAGUCAUUUAUACAUGUACUUCCUAAUGAAAAACAUGAUAAAUAAUACUUUUAUUUUGUAAUUGCACAUGAAAUGUCUUCUUAUUUAUUUUCAUUAUUACAACCAACAUUACUAUUUUGCUUUAGAAUUCUGUUGUCUAAAAUCUAUUGUUAGUAAAUAAUACUAUCAUCCAGACAAUUUUAGGAGUACGAAUUCCAAACACUACAUAUUUCGUUGAAUAAAAAUUUUAAAAAAAUUCAUCUAAGAAAACUUUCUUUUGACGAAAUCUUUAACUUCAGCUGUACAUUCGUAUUUAUAGUUAUAUGGGCUAGAUUUCUUUUUGUUAAAAGGUAACCGUGAUAGACUAUCAUUUUAAAUAUUAGAAACUUAAAAAGAGUACAUUCCGAGUACCGAAUAUGACUAAUAUGAUUGAACUGUGUUAAUAAAUGAAAAAAUUAUUAAUUUUCGAUAAGUCAGAAUUAUAAUUGUUUCACUUCAAAAAGAAACCCUUAGAAGCAAUCGACUCUUUCUGUCAUGAUUAUAAAGGAUUUGAAUUAUUCUUUUGUUGAUAAUCUUCAUGGAAUUUUAUUUGAUGAAUCUUUGUUAGUAUAUGCACAUAUUGUGUGGAUUGCUUUCGAUCUUGACACAUUUUUACAAGUUUUUUUCUUAGAAAAUCAACCGAUAACUUCAAGAACUGAAUAAAAAUUAUUCUUCAUGAAUAUUUAUUGUACAAAAUAGAAUUUCAUUAAGCGACCGGCAAUUUAUUUAUUCAGAAAAUUUUUUUUUCCACCCCUUUAAAAAAGUUUU